AAGAAACAGAAAAGUGUCUUGUGUAGUUUUGUUUUGCUUGUGCGAUUUAUCAGUCAAGUGGUGUGCCAGAGGGACGGAAAGGCUCCUUUGAUUUCGGCUAUGUGUAAUUAAGCAAGAAAAAUACUCUUAAGCUGCGGGCAUUCGUCACCAAUUGUGGCAUUAGUUAGCGAUGGAUUUCAGCGUCAAAUCUUUCAAGGGCCUCGCUUCUGAAGCUGCUACGGUCUUCACACGAGCUGUUCAGUACACAGAAGAGAAGCUGGGCACUUCAGACAGGACAGAACUGGAUGCCCACUUUGAGACUCUGGCACAGCGCUCAGAUCGUACCAAAUUUUGGACGGAGCGAUUGCUUAGUAAGACUGAAGCUGUUAUCCAGCCAAAUCCAAAUGUUCGAGUGGAAGACUACCUAUUCGAGAAACUUGACAAGAAGAGGGAACGUCACAACAAUACUGAGCUGUUGGGGCAGGAUAUGAUAGACGCUGGGACUGAAUUUGGGCCCGGGACUUCAUACGGCAGCGCCCUGAUCAAGGUUGGACAGGCACAGCAAAGACUAGGCCGAGCAGAAAGGGAUUUUGGAAGGUCCGUGCACACCAACUUUGCUCAGCCGCUGGCAAAAUUCCUCGAAGGCGAUAUGAAGACAAUCCUAAGAGAACGCCGUCUGCUUGAAAACAAAAGGCUGGAUCUUGAUGCAGCAAAAAACAGACUACGCAAAGCAAAGUCAACAGACCAUCAAGCUGAUAAAGAUGUACGAAUGUGUCAAGCUGAAUUCGACCGCCAAGCUGAAAUCACAAGGCUGCUUCUAGAGGGCAUUUCAAGCACACAUGCCAACCAUCUUCAGUGUCUGAGUGACUUCGUCGAUGCUCAAAUGACGUACUAUGCACAGUGCCAGCAAUACAUGGCAGACCUACAGAAAGAGUUAGCCGGCAUGUCCAUAGCUGUCGGCGGCGGGAGCGGCGGCAACUCCAGCGCAUUCCAAAGCAUGUUUUCCCCAUCCUCACCAACUGGCGGUGACAUCAUCACCCCAGCCACAUCGAAUCGCAAGAAGGCUCGUGUACUCUACGACUACGACGCUCAUGACAAUUCUGAACUUUCCCUAAUAGCUGAUGAGGUUAUAACUAUCACACAGUCAGAUACCCCAGAUGCCGACUGGAUGAUAGGGGAACGUGGACUACAGAGAGGGAAAGUUCCAGUCGCCUACCUAGAGAUUCUCAACUGAGCAACUAAAGCUUUGUACCAUGCAGCACUUGCACAAUGUGCAAAAGCUUCAUACGUCCAUAGUGCAUGCGAGAAUACAUACUGUUAUUCGA